AUGGAAGGCGUUUACACAUGCCUGAGGUGCACCAGGGCCCUGGCCGCUACGGGGCGAAGGCAAACAACUAGCAAAAUCCAACGAUCCCUACCUAGCCAUCGAUGGUUUACCGCAAGCUCCUCAGUAUAUCACAAUCGUGCCAGCAUUGGCGGCGGCAUUGGCAUGGCCUGGAGACAACCUCCCAAACAACUCGCACGAGCGUCAUCUAUUUCUACGGCACCUGUAGAAGAGCCCGACAAUUUCGAACGGCACAACAUCCCUCCAACAGACUAUGGCGAAUGGCGAGCCCACGGUCGAGUGCUCCUCCAACCUGACAACCUGUUCCACCCUUUCUCCGAAUCUCCUAUUCCUGAGAUAAGGCAGCGCGCUCGCUUCACAAAACAGCAUGCCCUUUGUCCGCAUCCUGCACACCAGCAGACUAGAGUUCCAGUGUCUCCGUACGAUCCCGAGUCAAGAAAAGUUACUGGACUAAGUACGCAACCGCCAGCACACGUAAGCUUCGAAUGUCCAGAUUGCGGAAUUGCUACAUACUGCUGCGAGGAGCACUGGGCAGAUGAUUUUGAAGCACAUCUCGAGAUCUGCGAUACUCUGCGGCAGAUCAAUGAAGACGACCACGAUUUGAGGUCUGGACGAUGGUUCUCCGAGUUUGAAUACCCUGGGCCUCAGCUAGAUGAGAUUCUGGUGAACAUGACGAGCUGGGAUACAUUCUUAUACACCCGGCAAUUUGAAGCUAUUAACGAGGAAAGAAGUAUGCGCCAGGCAACCCGGCUUUUGACCUAUCCGUUGUCUAUCGGAAGCGUUUUGCAUGAAUUGAGUCCUUAUAACAUUCGCAGAGGAGGGAGAUUGACGGCAGAAGGGUUGAAGAGUUUGAGUGCUCUACGGUAUACACUUCAUCCACCACGCCAAGGGCAGGGCAUCUCUGUAGCAGGAUUGAGAUUGUCGAGUCCACCGAUCAGGAUAUUUGUACUUGGUGCUCGUGCUGAAUCUUCUCUGCCGCGCGAAGUCUGGACACAGCUCAACCACAUAUUUCCCCGAUCCACCAUCCAUCUCAAUUUCAUCGGUCCUGAGUCCAUGUUAAACCGAGACGCCGAAUUUCCCCUCCCGGAGCGAACAGCUUCCAACCCGUUCGGCGCGAUUGUGGAAGAUCGAAUCUCCGACAAAAUGAAGAUCACAACCUAUGUCGAUUAUUUCCAUACACUCCACGAGGCUAACCUGUUUUACCCCUAUGAUCCUUAUUUCGACUGUUUCAUGCUCUAUCAUCCUGGCCUGGGCCACCCAGCAUCGUCUCAUGAGUGGGAAAGCACAAUACCUAAAUUGCUCGAGACCAAGAUCCCGAUCAUCUGUACCGGAUACACGGAGUGGGAUAUGCACCGAGAUUGGAAAUGGGUGAUGGAAAAGUGUGCUGGAGAAGUGGAUCUUUUAAUGGAACCAGGGGAGAAUAGGUUCCGUUCCCUGAGGUGGGACUUGAAUGAUCUCGACCCCCAGGAUAUCAGUUGUGGAAACUGGGGCAUCUGGGCUUUCAGAGGAAAGAGGUAUGAGGCCACACAUCGCAAUGUAGAAUAG